CCGCAGUUAAUUAUGUGGAAACAAUAGAAGUGUUUUAUGAACUUGCAUAAUUAUUUUUUGAAUUUUUGCCAAUGUUGUCCGCCCGACAAGGAUUACGACCAACACAUUAGCAUUCCUUCGACUGCUUAUUAUUUUAAGCAACAUUCCAAGGAGAAUUAAGCUUCUCCCAAUUGAAUACUUCUUUCGGCAAUAGUUGCGAAAAACACACCCAAUAUUAUUGCAAAAAAACAUAUUUAGCACUAAAGAUUGUCGUGAUCACACGAACUGAUAUCGCCUUGAGGUCGUUCUUAUCUAGUUCGAUAUACUCAGAACAACAAUUGCUAGUUUCGGUUACCGGCAUUAAUCAGUCAGCAAUCUCCUCGCAAUCGGAACGGGUCGAAAAUUAUCGCGCCAACACUGGACUCGCUUAGUCACUUAAAACUGAGAUAACUAACCAACUGGCAUAGGCGGUAACCGGGCAAUUUGAAUUUGCUUCCUUCACUUGUUGAGCGAGCGUUGGGUGAACAACUACAUAAAAAUUCCAAAACUAUUCAUUUAUAUAAUAUUCUAUCCGUUGGAAUUGAAAGAGGCAGGGGGACAGCAGCAUGACAACUAAGUUCAGCAUAAAUGGAAAGGCGUACAGCGUGAACUUGGCCAGUUUGCCGGCAGACUUGACGUUGAAUACUUUCAUUAGAGACUAUGCCGGUCUCUCGGCCACCAAGUUCAUGUGCCAAGAAGGCGGCUGUGGAGUGUGUGUCUGCGUUGUUACCAGCAAAAAUCCUACCACGGGCGAAAUCAAAACACGAGCUGUGAAUUCGUGCCUAACACUCCUGAACUCGUGCAUGGAUUGGGAGAUAACCACUUGCGAGGGCAUUGGAAACAAGCGUGAUGGCUAUCAUCCCAUACAGAAGCGCUUGGCCAAGAUGAAUGGCACCCAGUGUGGCUAUUGCUCACCGGGCUUCGUCAUGAAUAUGUAUGGCCUGCUGCAGGAACGCAAAGGCAAAGUCACCAUGGAGGAGGUGGAAAAUGCUUUCGGUGGCAACAUUUGCCGUUGCACAGGCUAUCGACCAAUUUUGGAUGCCAUGAAAUCGUUUGCCGUCGACAGUAACAUCGAGGUGCCCGAGGAGUGCCGUGACAUAGAGGAUCUGACAAAGCUGACGUGUCCCAAAACAGGUCUUUCCUGCAGCGGCUCCUGCACGAAGGCAAAAUUGACCACGCUCACCUGCAAUAAUGGUGAGCAGUGGUUCUGGCCCCAGAGUCUUGAGGAGCUAUUCGCAGUGCUGGCCAAAUUCCAAGAUGACAAUUACAUGCUGGUGUCCGGCAAUACUGCUCAUGGCGUUUACAGGCGUUCGAGUCAGAUCAAUAAAUUCGUUGAUUUGCAUUCUCUGCAUGAGCUGCAAGGAUAUACAAUCACAAAUGACUCCUUAGUGUUGGGAGGUAAUCUCAACAUGUCUGACGCCAUGGAGGCAUUCCAAGAGGCAUCCAAGCUAGCCGGCUUCGAGUAUUGCUCCAAAGUGUGGAAUCAUUUCGAUCUUAUCGCCAAUGUUCCUGUGCGCAAUAUGGGCACUUUGGCUGGAAAUCUUUCGAUCAAACACCAACACCCAGAUUUCCCCUCCGAUAUUUAUGUGGUCUUUGAGGCUUUAGAUGUCCAUGUUGUGGUGCAAAAAGCCAUAGGCGAUGAGCAAACCAUGACCAUCUCCGAGUAUCUCAAAGCACCGAUGAGCAAAAAAAUAAUCAAAUCUUUCAUUCUGAGGCAGUACCACAGCAAUGAGUAUCUCUUCGAGUCAUAUAAGAUCAUGCCAAGAGCACAAAAUGCCCAUGCUCUCGUAAAUGCUGCAUUCCUUGUGCAGGUUCAAAAACCUGACUACAUAGUCAAAUCGGCCCGUAUAGCCUAUGGCGGUCUAAGCAACGGAUUCUCUAGAGCCAUAAAUCUGGAGAAGAGCCUUUUGAACAAAGCCCUCUUUACUGAAGAGAAUGUCCGUAAUGCCUUUACCUCCAUGCAAUCGGAAAUUAAAGCAGAGGUGGCGUUGCCCGAACCAUCCCCAGAAUAUAGGACAAAACUGGCACAUGGGCUCUUUUACAAAUUCCUCCUAAGCCAUGCACCUUCCGGCAAAGUUGGCGCCAGCUUCUCUUCAGGUGGUCAAAUUCUUAAGCGCCCAGUAUCCACAGGACAACAAACUUUCGAAGCCAACGACAGUUGUCUGCCAGUCAAGAAGCCCACCGAAAAACACGAAGGUGUUCUACAAUGCUCCGGUGAAGCAACUUUCUCCAACGAUUUGCUACCGCAGAGUCAACAACUGUGGGCCGCUUUCUUUACAGCUAAGAAAAUCGGGGCCAAGGUCACAAAAAUAAAUGCUGAAAAGGCAUUGCAACUGCCUGGUGUUGUCGCAGUUUUUACGGCCAAUGAUAUUCCUGGUGACAAUUACACCGCCGUUCGAGAUGGUAUGUUCUUUAUGGAAAACGAGGGGUUGUUCUUAGAAGGUGAAGUCAAGUACUGUGGCCAACCAGUUGGCAUUAUAGUGGCGGAGUCAAAUGCUCUUGCCUACAAAGCCGCUGAAAUGGUGGAGCUCACAUAUGAAGGCGGCUCUGCAGUGAUUUAUCCAACUAUGAAGGAUGUGUUAAAUGGAGGUCCUGGGAAUAGGAUUCGGCAUCAAAUCAAAUCUGCAGCCUCUGAGGCAGGUACUUCGAAACAAGCAAAAGCAGUUUGCCAGGAUCAGUACGAUGUUGCAGCCAAGGGGGCCCUGGAUAUGGGUCUGCAGUACCACUUCUUUAUGGAGCCACACACGACAGUCGCCUUGCCUACUGAUGGAGGUCUUUUGCUCUAUUGUUCGACUCAGUUCAUGGAUUUGACGCAAGAUAUCGUUGCAAAGUUGCUAGGCUUGCGAAACAACGAAGUGCAAUUGAAAACCAUUCGCGUUGGUGGGGGUUAUGGUGGCAAAGGUACUCGUAGCAACUUUGCUGCAUGUGGCGCUGCGCUAGCUGCCUUCAAACUCAACAGACCUGUUCGCUUUGUUCAAUCCAUUGAGUCAAUGAUGGAGUCCUUUGGCAAGCGCUGGCCUUGUCAUGUUGACUACGAUUUCUUUGCACGCAAGUCUGGAAAAGUUGUAAAAUUGAUUUCAUCGUUCUACGAGGAUGCUGGAUGGAGUUCUAACGAAUCGCCUAUGGGUCACACCCAGUUGCUCUCAAAGAACUGCUACCAAUUUACCUCAGAUAACUUUAUCUUGGAUGGCUAUAUGGUCAUCACUGAUACUCCAUCGAACAUUGCCUGCAGAGCUCCUGGGUCAGUAGAAGGCAUAGCUCUGAUUGAAAACAUCAUGGAGCACAUAGCAUUUCAAUUGGACAUGGAUCCACUGGACCUACGUCUGGCCAAUCUAAUAGCGGGCCACAAGGUAUCUGAAAUGUUGCCCCGAUUUGAGGAGUCCACACAAUACAGGCUGCGAAAGCAGAACAUCAAAGAGUUCAACAAACAGAACCGUUGGAUAAAGAAGGGUCUUGGCUUGGCCAUGAUGGAGUAUCAUAUUGGAUAUUUCGGUCAAUUCCCAGCUACCGUGGCCAUUUACCAUGGUGAUGGCACAGUUAUCAUCAGUCACGGCGGCGUAGAGAUGGGUCAGGGAAUGAACACGAAAAUAGUGCAGGUGGCGGCCCAUACUUUGGGAAUUCCCAUGGAAAUGAUACGGGUUGAGGGCAGCAAUACAGUAAACGGAGCCAAUUCAAUGGUAACAGGUGGUUCUAUUGGAAGCGAAGUCGUUUGCUUUGCCGUACGCAAGUGCUGCAAUACCUUGAUGGCUAGAUUGGCUCCUGUGCGAGAAGAACUGAAGGAUCCCUCAUGGAAGGAUUUGGUGAAAUCGGCCCACAGCAAAAACAUGAACCUUAUCGCUAGUGAUCACUGCCAAGUCGGCGAAAUGGAUCCAUAUACUGUUUGCGUAUUGAGUCUAGCCGAGGUCGAGGUGGACAUGCUGACAGGCAAUUAUCUUGUGAAACGAGUGGACAUUUUGCAGGAUGCUGGUGAAAGUUUAAAUCCUAAUGUGGAUAUUGGCCAAGUCGAGGGCGCUUACAUCAUGGGCCUGGGUUAUUGGACCAGCGAGCAUUGCGUGGUUGAUAAAUCUACCGGUGGGAUGCUUACAAAUCGCACUUGGAACUACAAGCCUCCGGGUGCCAAAGACAUUCCCAUAGAUUUCCGCAUCGAAUUAUUGGCAAGAAGUCCGAAUGCUGGCGGUUUCAUGAGAUCCAAGGCUACGGGCGAACCCUCAAUCUGUGUGUCCGUAAAUGUGACUUUUGCCUUGCAAGAGGCCAUACAAUCUGCUCGUAACGAUGCCGGCUUGAAGAAGGAGUGGGUCACCUUGAAUGCUCCUAUGACGCCCGAAUACAUUCUGUUGAACUCUGGCACUAAUGUGGAAAUGAUGGAACUUGCCGCUAAAUAAGAAACUAAUCUUAAGAACCAUCGUUAUAAUUGUUACAUACAUAUGUAUGUAUGUAUGUUUAUAUAUUUUUUUUAUGUAAUGACAUGUGGCUGAAAUUCAAUAAAAUAUUAAGAACACAGAUUAAGAAAAAA